CAGACAGGCAGCAGACAGAGGAACUAAAGCCUUUGCCCUGGAGCCCAUCACACAGCCAUGCUCACAGAGCACAGGGCAUAGAAAACGCUGGAAGGGCGUGGAGCAAGGAGGACCCACGUUAAUUAUUACCCAGCGGCGGCCGGAUCUCUGCUCCGCCCCCGCGGGUGGCCUCCUGCCUGCCGGCAGCCUCUCCCUCUCUGCCGCCACCUGCUACCAGCGCUGGACAUGGCUGGCAAGGCACACAGGCUGAGUGCUGAGGAGCGGGACCAGCUGCUGCCAAAUCUGAGGGCGGUAGGGUGGAAUGAACUGGAAGGCCGAGAUGCCAUCUUCAAACAGUUUCAUUUUAAAGACUUCAACCGGGCUUUUGGCUUCAUGACAAGAGUGGCCCUACAGGCUGAGAAGCUGGACCACCACCCCGAGUGGUUUAACGUGUACAACAAGGUCCACAUCACCUUGAGCACCCACGAGUGUGCCGGUCUUUCAGAACGGGACAUAAACCUGGCUAGCUUCAUCGAACAAGUCGCUGUGUCUAUGACAUAGACCUGUCCUUUUUUAAAAUUUCCUGGCGGGGGUGGAGAUGGGGGAUGGGAGGGCUGACUGAACAGGAACCCAGAGAGGAAACCAAGGAGGCUGACCAUUGGUCCCUGCUGCUUGCAGCGAACACGAUCUCCAUUUAGGGAUGAGUCCCUGUAUUGGAAGAUGUAGGUGUCAAUGUCAGCAGUAAGGACUGCGACCUUUGCCUGUGUCACUCUCCUCACUGGGGCUCUGCCAUGUUACACUACUUUGAAUAGUUUCCCUUCCUCCAUGGGCUUCCCAGCAGCGGUAGCCUUCUUUCCAGGCUGUAUUUUCCUCCUUUUCUACCCUUUCUAGUUCACUGUCCAAGUAGCUGGGUUAAAGCAUGACAUAAAGUUCAAUCUUAGACCCCAGAACUAAAACAACUCCCACUGUAUCACAGAAACAUGUGCUUUAAUGCCUCUAAUAAAACCAUGCCAUCAAUUGGUUC